AUGUACGAUGUGGUUUCCAACACCACCGCCAUAACAUCCAUGAAUUUGUUGAAACUCGGACUGCCGCAUCAAGCUCUCUUGGGCAUCCGGGAGUUGAGCUACGAUCGAGCCAGCAAAAUUGCCAUCAAGUUCAAGAGUCGCUGGUGGAAGAGCAUUUAUCGAGAACAAGGCGGCGUCGACGGCAUCUCCAAUACUUACCUUCCCAUCAGGAACGUAGUCUGUCCUUCUUGGGACGCCGGCAAAGACGCGGAGGGAUACGUUCGCCCGGCGGUGCUCAUGGUAUCGUAUAUCUGGGCGAUGGGCACGCUGAUCCCCCACUCCACCAAGGUCCCCUCCAACCGGGACGAGCCAUCGUGUCCCUCUAGAGCAACUUAA